CUGAACGCGCGCGGUGACCUCACCCUCAUCACCUUGCCCCGGUUGACCUCUUCCCUGCGCCUUUCGCUGGGGAAGAAGAAGAAGAAGAAGAAGCGGCUGCUCCUGGGUUGGUAGACAUUCAGCCACCAUAUUACACACGACCCAGCGCGUGGUCUCCCUCUUAUUUCCCUGCUAGUUUCGCGCUGCGAGGCUGCGACUAGACAUUAGACAAGGAAGAAGGAAGGAACUAGCGUUUCCGACGAAGCGGUCGGUCGAGCGGAGAAAGGCUUUGCUUAUACAGAGCGCGCGGCGGUGCGUUUGCUUGCUCCGGCGUGCGUCCAGCGCUUCCGGCGAAGCUACGAACGAUCAGGCAUCCAGGCGGUCGCCUCCGAGAGGAGGUUUAAUGGAGGCGGCAACGCGGCGGCGAGCUCUGCUGCUCCUUGUGCUGGUGGCGAGCAGCGUGCCGGCGGGGCUCUGCGCCACCAACGCGCAAGAUGUUUCGGCGCUCCGGUCGCUGAUGGGCCAGUGGAGCAACGUCCCGUCGAGCUGGUCGGCGACGGCCGGCGACCCCUGCGGCGCCGCCUGGGACGGGCUCAUGUGCGACGCCAACGGCAGGGUCACCUCGCUGAGGCUGUCGAGCGUCAACCUUCAGGGCACCCUCAGCAACAGCAUCGGCCAGCUUAGCCAGCUCAUGUUCCUGGAUCUUUCCUUCAACAUUGGUCUUGAAGGCACGAUGCCCGCUUCGGUCGGGAACCUUGCGCAGCUUACGACACUGAUUUUGGCAGGUUGCAGCUUCACCGGAAGCAUUCCUCAAGAACUAGGCAACCUGCAGAAGAUGACGUUCUUGGCACUGAAUUCGAACAAAUUUUCGGGCGGAAUACCGGCUUCACUUGGCCUUCUCUCAAAACUAUUUUGGCUAGACCUGGCUGACAAUCAGCUCACAGGACCUGUCCCAAUAUCAACAGCAACGACACCAGGACUUAACCUGCUUACCGGAACAAAGCACUUCCAUUUCAACAAGAAUCAGUUAUCUGGAACGCUUACAGGCCUGUUUAACUCUAAUAUGACUCUCAUACACAUAUUGUUCGACAGCAAUCAAUUCUCAGGCUCGAUUCCAGCUGAGAUUGGAAGCAUUAGCUCGCUCCAAGUACUGCGAUUGGAUAGGAACAAGUUGGUGGGAGCAGUUCCUAACAUCACCAACUUGGUCAAACUAAAUGAGCUGAACUUGGCAACCAACAGGUUAACUGGACUACUGCCAGAUCUCAGCACCAUGAGCGUAUUAAAUGUUGUGGAUUUAAGCAAGAAUGCAUUUGAUGCUCAAGUAGCCCCGAAUUGGUUCACAACUCUAACAAGUCUUACUUCAGUAUCAAUAUCUUCUGGGAAACUCUCUGGCGUGGUCCCCAAGGCCCUCUUCACAUUGCCCCAGUUGCAGGAAGUUGUACUUGACAACAACCAGUUCAACGGCACGCUUGAGAUAUCAGGCAGCAUCAGCAAACAACUGCAAACUGUUGAUCUGCGAUUUAACAGCAUAUUUGAUACCGCCACUACAAGCUACAAAAAGGCACUGGUGCUUCUAGGUAAUCCGGUGUGCGCCGAUGCAGCUUUUUCCGGUCAACCAUUCUGCAGCAUCCAGCAAGAGAACACGAUAGCGUACACAACUAGCACGUCCAAAUGUUCCUUGACAAGUACGUGCCGCAGUGAUCAGAGUAUGAAUCCCGCAAACUGCGGCUGCGCCUACUCGUACAAUGGCAAGAUGGUCUUCAGAGCUCCGUUCUUCAAGGACUUGACGAAUAGUGAUACAUUCCAGCAAUUAGAGACGAGCCUCUGGACGCAACUGAAGCUGCGGGACGGUGCGGUUUCCUUGUCGAAAAUCCACUUCAACAGCGACAACUACCUCCAAGUUCAAGUGAAUUUGUUCCCGUCAUCCGGGGCGCUCUUCAACGUAUCCGAACUCAUCAGCAUCGGCUUUGAUCUCAGCAACCAGACCUACAAGCCACCGGCAAAUUUUGGGCCUUAUUACUUCAUUGCAGAUCCAUAUGUCCCCUUGGCAGUUGCUGUUGAUGGUGGCAAAAAAUCAAAGUUCAGUACUGGUGCUAUAGCUGGAAUUGCAGCAGCCGGUGGGCUUCUUGUGAUUGCCCUCAUUUUUGUGGGAUUGUUCGCUUUGCGACAGAAGAGAAGAGCCAAGGAACUGGCAGAAAGAACAGACCCUUUUGCUUCAUGGGGCGCUGCCCAGAAAGACAGUGGCGGAGCUCCACAGCUGAAAGGAGCGAGGUUUUUCUCAUUCGAGGAGCUGAAAAGCUGCACCGACAAUUUCUCGGAUAGCCAGGAGAUAGGGGCAGGAGGCUACGGAAAGGUGUACAAGGGGACGCUGGUGGAUGGAAUGCGGGUGGCGAUAAAGCGGGCGCAGUCCGGUUCGAUGCAAGGCGCGCCGGAGUUCAAGAACGAGAUCGAGCUGCUGUCCCGGGUCCACCACCGGAACCUGGUGAGCCUGAUCGGGUUCUGCUACGAGCAAAAGGAGCAGAUGCUGGUGUACGAGUUCGUCUCCAACGGCACCCUCAGAGAGAACCUCGUGGUGAGAGGAUCAUACCUGGACUGGAAGAAGAGGCUGAGGAUCGCGCUCGGGUCGGCUCGAGGGCUGGCGUACCUCCACGAGCUCGCCGACCCGCCCAUCAUCCACCGCGAUGUCAAGUCCACCAACAUCCUCCUCGACGACAACCUCAAGGCCAAGGUCGCCGAUUUCGGCCUCUCCAAGCUCGUCGCCGACACCGAGAAGGGCCACGUCUCCACCCAAGUCAAAGGAACACUGGGUUACUUGGACCCGGAGUACUACAUGACGCAGCAGCUGUCGGAGAAGAGCGACGUGUACAGCUUCGGCGUGGUGAUGCUGGAGCUGGUGAGCGGGAGGCAGCCGAUCGAGAAGGGGAAGUACAUCGUGCGGGAGGUGAGGCAGGCCAUCGACCCGGCGGACCGGGACCACUACGGGCUGCGGGCUAUCGUCGACCCGGCGAUCAGGGAUGCCGCGCGCACCGCCGGGUUCAGGCGGUUCGUGCAGCUGGCGAUGCAGUGCGUGGACGAGUCGGCGGCGGCGAGGCCCGCCAUGGGCACCGUCGUCAAGGAGGUGGAGGCGAUGCUGCUCAACGAGCCAGCAGGGGACGGCGGGGUCAGCUCGGCGGGGUCGUCGGCCACGGAGUUCGAGGGCGCUGGCAGGGGCGCGCCCGCGCACCCCUACAGCGACGUGGAGAUCACCAGGGGCUCCUACGGCGGCGGCGGCGACACCGCGUCGGAUUACAUGCCCUACUUCGAGGUCAAGCCCAAAUAGAAUUUGUACAUUUUUUGUUCUCUGCUCGUUUUCAGGUUGUGAUGGAAUUGUACAUUGAUUUUGGGCGUACAUGUGUUGCAGAGUGUUGUGGUGCGUCAUAUAUUAGUAGAUUCUUUGUUCAUAUGUAAGUUCGUAUCAUGGUCAUGGCUAGCAUAUGUGUUAACACUUUGCUCUGAUCAUCCAAAUGAGUCCAUUAUUCAUUGCAGCCAGAGGAAUACAAAUGUUUAAUUCAGUCA